AUGAUUAUUAUUGAUUUAUCAAAUCAAAAUGUAAACCAGACCUUCUAUGAUGCUGAUGAUGAUCAUCAUCAUUAUAAUAACAAUAUUGAUGAGAUUAAUGAUGGUGACAAUGAUGAUGAUGUAAAUGUGUUACUUUUAUUGAUACAAAGAUUACAGGAACUACGUUUUGAUUUACCAUGGAAUGAAAUGAAUUAUGAUAAGCUGAAAGGAAUUUUUGUUAUUGCUUCAAAGGAUGAUAUAAUAUAUAAUCAACUCAUACAAUAUAUAUCAUGGGAUUGUGUUAUCAAUUUCAAUGAAAUAACAAAUGAUUUACAACAUAUGAAUAUAGAAUUUAAAAGUAUUACUAAUCAUAUAGAUUUUGAUCCAAAAUCUAUAUUGAAACGUUUCUUAUAUAAUUAUGAUUUCUUAUUAAACAAUAAUAAUGAUAAGAAUCAUUUCAUUUUAUAUGAAUUAUUCAUUGAAGCUUAUUUAUUAACUUAUCAUUAUUUAAAUGAAAAUAUCAAUGAUAUUCAUAGACGACAAACAUUAUUCAAUAAUCAAUAUUCAUUCAAUUAUAUUAUACAAACAAUCAAUGUUUGGUAUUAUCUUCAAUAUAAUCGUAAUGAACAAUAUAAUAAUCAAUUAUUAUUAUUAUUAUAUAAUCAAUUCAAUGAUACUAAUUUACUUUAUAAUUCAAUGAAAAAUAAUUAUGAUUUAUUAGAGAAUCAAAUCAUUCAAGCUAAUUCUAUAUUAGAAUUAAUGAGAAAAGAUUUAUCUAAUUAUCAAGAGAUAUAUUUACCUGAAGCUAAAUUAAAUUAUACAAAUACAAAUGAACAUUUACAAUAUUUAGAAAAUGAAAUUUUACAUAAAGAAAAUGAAUUAAUGAAUAUGAAGAAACCAAUGGAUCAUGUGAAGAAAUUAGCUGAAAAUGAAUUUCAUAAAUUAGAGAAUGCUUAUCGUUUAGCUGUUCAAGGAUUACAUAAUUUAUCCAUUGAAGAUUUAGAUGAAAUACGAUCAUAUCGUGAACCACCAGAUGAUGUGAAAAAUUGUGUCUAUUUAAUUUGUAUGCUUAUGGAUGAAGAGGAAAAUUGGGAAAAUGCAAAACAUAUGAUGGUCCCAGUCAAAUUUAUUAGUAAAAUCUUAAAACUUUCCAUUCAAUCAAUUAAUAAACAUAAACAUAAUGAAUUAAGAAAACGUUUAAAUAAUUCAAGCAUAUUAACAUUUGAAAAUUUAUUACAGGUAAGUGUUGCUGCUGCCCGAUUAUGUCAAUGGUUAAGAGCAUUAUGUGAUUGCUGUGAUGCUGGAGAACGUUUACAAAAUCACAUUGAUGAUUAUUCUUCAAUUGAAGCACAAGUUAGACGAAAUGAAUCAGCAUUAGGCAAUUUACAUUUAUCAUUACAACUAACAAAAAUAAACAUAGAAAUGGCUAAUAAUCAUUUAGUUGGAUGUGAACAUCAAAUUAAACGUCUUUCAGAGAAUAUCGAUAUAUUAGAUUAUAAAAUUCAUGAAGCUAAAGCAUUGGCAUCAACUAUACAGAGUAAUUUAUCUGAAUUAUACAAUGAUACUAGCAAUCAUGAUGCAACUAAAAAUUUUUCAUUUUGGUUCAAUAUACUCGGAGCAUUGGGGACAGUGUAUUGUCAAACAUUACCAAUUAAGCAUAGAAGUAAUCCAAUGAUUAUUGUUACGAUUCACAACGCUGGAUUCUGGUACUCAUGCUUUCUACAUUUUUGUCCAACUAAUCGUGAAGUCUAUCACCAAACUACGAAUGAUCAAAAGGAAAAUUUGAUAAUAUGUGAAAAAAUUCUUCAAAAUUUACCAUUGUUUAAAAUUAUUCAAGCACAGCCAUACGAACUAAUGAAAUGGUUUACAUUGAACAAAAACUUUCCACCAGAAUUAAUACUGUUAUAUAAUGAUCGACAUAUUAGUUAUAUACUUGAAGCUAUUCUAUCUAUACUUACAAUUCUAUGGUCGGUUAGAUAUGCUCAUACUAAACAGUGUGAUAAUGAUAAUGUUGAUGAAUCAAUGUUAUAUCUGUUUAUUUACGAUCCAGAUCUAACUGGUAUCAAUGUAAUAAAAUCAUUAUUACUAACAAAAGAUGAUACUGAUGAAAGUGAUAACAUUUCUUCAAGCAAAAAAGAUCAAUUAAUUUGUGAUCUUUACAUAGACAUGAAAGAAUUUAUAUCCAAUUUUAACUACACCAUUCAUACAAAUAAGAUAAUCUUCAUUAAUGUGGAUCAAUUUCAUAGUUUUAAUGCAAAAGAAAAUAUUAACUAUUUAUUAAGAUUUUAUUUUAAUCAAGUCUUCAAUAAAAAUAUAUCCAGUACAAAAAAUAGUCAAAUUGUUUUAUGGACAUCAUUUAGUCAAUAUACUGAAAUUGGAUUUAAAUGUAGACAGAAAUUUCGCCAAGUUGAUUUUAUACCAAUUGAUUUAGGCUUAUCUCAUUUGGAAUGUGGCAGUGCAUUAACAAGUUGUUUGUUAGAUCUAUUGCCUAACUGUAAUAUUCUUAAUUCACUUCAAAAAUUAAGGAUUCAUGAAAUUGAAACUUUUGAAAAGAUUUGUGAAGAUAAAAUUCAACUAUUGAAUAUAUCAAAUGAAUUAACAAAUUACAAACUAUUCCAUUCUGAUAUGAAUAACUCAAUAACCAAUACUAAUUCAAUUCAAUUCAAUGUAGAUUGUUUAAAUUUAACAAGACAACAUAUUGAAUUAGUUAAAAUCUUUUCAAGAUUAUCAAGUAAUAUGAUUCAUUUAAAUGAAUUACAAUUACAACAUGAAAAUUUAAACAAUCAACUUAGUAUAUUUACCAAUCAAAAUAAUACAAAUGGAUGUAUCAUAAAUUUUACUCGUAAAAUAUCAUUAUUAUUCCAUAGUUUAGAAGAUAUACAAUAUAAAGAUUAUAUUUCAUUUCGUUGGCCAUGUAAACGAUUGUGUGAAUAUAUUCUAUCAAAAUAUGAUCAAGGUUUAUAUUCUUCCCAUUUGGAAAAUGUUAAUGAAAUCAACUCCCCAUCUGAUUUAUUUAUCAGUUAUGAACAUGAAAGACAGGAAAUUGGUCGGCGCAUUAUACAUAUGUUAUUGGAAUUCUUUCUCAAUUCUUUAAACACUUGGAACAAUCCAUUAGGAUUAAUAAUACAAAUAAAAAUUUCAAUAUAUUUUAAUAUACUUCAAUAUUCUAAAUUAACUAUUUAUGAAUUACAUAAUCCAGAUCAGAUAAUUGAAAUUGAACUAUUUAAACAAAUCAUAUUCAGUAAUAUUUUUACAUGUGAAUAUAACUAUCAACAUUGUUUCAAUCACAAUAAAUCAGAGGUUCUUAAACGUAUUCAACUGUUGGAAGAAAAAUUGCCAACUUUAAAAGGCGUAGAAAAAGCAUUAAUGAAUGAGCCACUAAUAUGGACUGAAAUAGUUGAGACAAAGUUGAAUUUAUUUCAUUCAUUGCCUGGAUUCUCUACAAAACUACCAAUACCUGAAUCACACGUAUUUUUAGUUUGGAUUUCAAUAAGACCUGACCUAUUCCACAUCAUAUCAAAAGUUUUCGUAAAUCAUAUAAUGGCUCAACACAUUACAGUAAAUAAUAAUAAAGAAUAUUCUAGUAGAUCAUUUGAAGCUGAAAAGCAUUUACGUAUCGAUGAAUUGUUUCAACCACAAAUUAUGAAAAGAGUACAGAGGUUUUAUUCAAAUGAAAAUGACUUCUCAUCUUCAGUUAUUUAUUUAAUCCUUCCAAACGAACUGAAUGAAUUCAAACGUAAAGAUUUCUUUGCUCAUGAUAAAUCUGGAAAAGUAGUUGUUUCAAAUGGAUUAAUAAAUACAUUGAAUAAGAUGGCGAUAUAUUCAAAUAGAACUUUGUUUCCUAUAGACUGUGCAAAUACUACUGAUAUCUCCUACUGGUUAUCAGUAUGUGGAUCCAAUACAAAUAUACUUCCAUAUCAAAGAGUUUUAAUUGUUCUUCAAAAUGUACACAUUAUUCACAAGAGAAUGGAUAUACUAUUAGAUGAAUUAUUACAAUAUGGUCUUUAUAAUUUAAGGUAUAAACAAAUUUAUCAUUUACAGAAUCAAGAAAAGCUUAUAUUAAUCAAUAAACUUGGAAUAUGUUUUGAUAUUAUAAUUGAUUUCACAUGUUGUACAUCCGGAAAACAAAUAGUAUCCGUGUAUAAUAGAUUACCGGGUUGGUUAAGAUUAAAAUGUCUACCGUUGUUAUUCCAAUAUGAGAGUGAUCAGUUGUUAUUUACUACGAGUUCGUGGAAAGUGACCUCAUUGGUAAAUAAAAAAGAAAAGCCGAUUUGCUAUCCACAGGAAAAUGUCAAUGACUCUAUAAACGAAGAAAAUUCACAGUUGUGUUUAGAAGAGACUGAUGGAUUAUAUGAGAAAAUUGAAUCUGUCAAACUUUACGAAUGUAUAUACAACAAACAAGACAUGGAUAAACGAAAACAAUCGAUAGAUACAGUUUGGGCUACGAUUGAGAAAGAAUUAAUGAUACUUGAAACAACCUUCAAAGAAUUGGAAUCACGUUAUUUAUCAUCAUCAUCAUUGUCCAUUAAAAAUACUUCACCUAUAUUUUUGUUGACAACUCAGUAUUACGCAUAUUUACGAUCUAUAAAAUAUUAUCAUCAUUAUGCCAGAAAAUAUCCAUCAAACAAUUACAAAUUAUUUAUAUGGUUAAAACAUCAAUUAUUAAUUGCAAAACACUUUUAUCAAUUAAUGAAUUCAUGGGAUAUAAAGAAAUUAAUUGGUUUAACAUUACCAGCUUCAAUUAUUGUUAAUCCUAAAUCAUUAUUUGAUUGGAUUCUAUAUUCCACAUUAAAUAAUUCAAUGGAACAAUAUCAUAUAAUAUCUACUAUUCGAAAGCCAGGAGACAAAGAAAUAUUUAAAAAUGGAUUAAUUAUCACUUCUAUUCGUUUAAUAAUUCAUAGAAAUACUAAAAAGCGUAUUCAUAAUCAAACGGAGUAUAAUUUAAGUAGUCUAUUAAAAAUUACUAAAGUAAUUAGUUUACAAUUAACAACUGUAUCUAAUGAAAUAUUUAACAAAAUGAAUUAUAUCAAUGCUAAAUGGAUUAAAUCAUGGCCUCCUAAUAAAGAUGAAAUAUGUCCAAAACUACCUAUAUUAUUAACAAAUUAUAAUGAAUUAUCAAAGAUUUACAUUAUAACUGAUUACAAUUUGUAAACUUUUGAUUAGAUAAUAUUAAUAAACCUUUUU